AUGGCAUCUAACGUUGUCAAUAAUUUGAAUAGUUUGUUCAAAAGCAUCAAUUAUUACUCAUUUACUAUAUUCGGUAAUGUUAUGAUGGUUGUAGGUACUGUGGCUACUUUCUUAGGUAUUAUUGUGUUUAGCCACAAAACAAUGAGACAAAAUGCUGGUUGUAUUUAUUAUAUUGCGUAUUAUCUCGCCAAUGGACUCACGUUAUAUACUAGUUUAUUCGCAGCAAUUUUAUCGUUUUUUAAUAUUGAUCCUUCGUAUAAUAAUGUUGCUUAUUGUAAAAUUUCUUUCUAUCUUAGAAUAUCAUUGGGCCUAAUUGCGACAUACAUUCUUGUAUUGGCGUCGAUUGAUCGAGCUUUAAUUACAUCAUCAAAAGCGUCAAUACGACAACGUAGUACCCAUCGAUUAGCAUAUUGUUCUAUUUUUGGAGUAACUCUGUUUUUCUUAUUAUUUUAUUUUUAUCUUCUUAUCAUUGCUAAUAUUUAUUGGCUCACUCCCAACUAUCGCCUGUGUUACCUCCCGCCAGAUAGUUCUAGAGUUAUUAGUUAUGUCGCCACCGUUUUAUUCGAUGGAAUAAUUCCAUCAUUCCUUUUGGUUGUAACUGGCAUAACUACAGUAAGAAAUCUUCGUAAAGGACGUGUUCAACCAAUCGAUGCGGCUUCAAAUGGAAACAAUGAUCGUCGUUCAAAAGAUCGUCACCUAUUCCUCAUUCUUCUCAUCGAAAUUAUUGGGUAUGCUCCAUUAGCGAUCAUAACAAAUGCUUAUGGAAUCUAUCGAGAAGCUACUCAAUAUCAAAUGAAAUCGAACGAUUCACAAGCAAUCGAAUAUUUUUUGUCUAGUUUUCCUGUCCUACUUCGUGCUAUGCCAAAAUGCCUUAAUUUUUACAUAUAUCUAAUUCUACUGAAAUCCUUUCGUCGAAAAACAUUUAAAAUUUUGCCCUAUUUCUGGCGUCAGCAUUGA